AUGUCUGAUACAGGAAGUACCGCCCGUGGCCGGCAGAUGGCGCUGCUGCUGUUCCACGAUCACAGAUGUUUGUGGAGUUCGAGAGCUUUUCCGGGACCAGCCUCAGACAGUGCGUCAGUGAAGGGGAUAUUUCGAGGCAUUCACUGCGCAGUUUGUUCACAGUUUAGGCCCAGGAUGUUUGAGGUGAGAGUCACAGAAGGCUCGGUGCAGGUGGAGGGCUGCACGACACCGCUUUUCUUCAGACAAAGUGAACCGGUCGGCGCUGCCCCCACACUGACUGUGCUGCUGCUCCACGGGAUUCGCUUCUCCUCUGAAAACUGGCUCAACAUCGGGACCCUGGAGACUCUGGCUAAAGCGGGCUGUCGCUGUGUGGCUGUGGACCUGCCUGGACUUGGCCGCUCUAAAGCAGCAGAGCCUCCGGUGGCGACGGGACAACUUGCCCCGGGGCAGUUCCUCAGGUCCCUGUGCGAGAGCUUGGGGUUGGCUCCUGUUGUGAUCGUCAGCCCCUCUCUGAGCGGGAUGUACUCUCUCCCGUUCCUCAUGCAGCACUCUGCCAUGGUCCGAGCAUUCGUCCCCGUGGCCCCAAUAUGCACCGACAAAUUCACCGCCGAGCAAUAUCAAAGUGUCAAGGUGCCGUCUCUGAUCGUGUACGGAGACCAGGACACUCAGCUCGGAGAGGCAUCUCUGCACAACCUCCAACAUCUGACCAAUCACAGAGUCCUUGUGAUGAAGGGGGCGGGGCAUCCAUGUUACCUAGACGACCCGGACACAUGGCACAAAGGACUCGUCGACUUUACAUCCGCACUAUGA